GUACUAAAGGAUGGUAAGGGGAGAACGCGCCGAAGGACCGCUGCUGUCACUGCAGGACAAAGCUCGUCUCGCUUUGUCAGGCGGCACGGUGAUGCGCAGUUCGGUUGCCGGGGCAACCCCAAUAUGCGUUAAGGGCCAGUGAAGUCAUCGUUACGCCUGCUGUCGCCAUGGAAACAUCCUGGAGAGGGCGCUCCGGAGAAGCAACCUUCGUCGAGUGACGCAGGGCGGGGGCGUGCCCGGGCUGCGCGCUCCGCGAGGCUGCUUGUUGUUCCCGCAGAGACGAGAGAAGAUGGCGGCCGUGUCUAGCGGAGGUGCAGCUGGAGCCACAGUGGCCGGGAUUACGCACUCUAGUCGCCCGGCCCCCGCAGGCAUGGGUCCCCAGAGCCGGUCGCAGACCUCCUCCGGGAUCAGCCAUUCCAGUCGAGGUGCCCCGGCCGCCGGCUGCCUCGCCAGCUCCGGCCACCUCCCGGCCAGCAGGCCCCCCCCAGCCCGGGUGGGCUACUACGAUAUCGAGCGGACCAUCGGCAAGGGGAACUUCGCGGUGGUCAAACUGGCCACGCACAUCGUCACCAAAGCCAAGGUGGCCAUCAAAAUAGUGGAUAAAACCCAGCUGGAUGAUGAGAACUUGAAGAAGAUCUUUAGAGAGGUGCAGAUCAUGAAGAUGCUGAGGCACCCGCACAUCAUUCGCCUUUACCAGGUCAUGGAAACAGAGAGGAUCCUCUACCUGGUGACAGAAUAUGCCAGUGGGGGGGAGAUCUUUGAUCACCUGGUGGCACAUGGGCGCAUGGCGGAGAAGGAUGCAAGGCGAAAGUUCAAGCAAAUCGUAGCGGCUGUAUAUUUCUGCCACUGCCGCAACAUCGUGCAUCGUGACCUCAAGGCUGAGAACCUCUUACUGGACCACAACCUCAACAUAAAGAUAGCAGAUUUUGGCUUCAGCAACAUCUUCUCCCCUGGCCAGCUCUUGAAGACGUGGUGUGGAAGCCCACCCUAUGCUGCUCCAGAACUCUUUGAGGGCAAAGAGUACGACGGGCCCAAGGUGGACAUCUGGAGCCUGGGCGUAGUGCUGUAUGUGCUGGUGUGCGGUGCGCUGCCGUUCGACGGCAGCACCCUGCAGAACCUGAGGGCCCGGGUGCUGAGUGGCAAGUUCCGCAUCCCUUUCUUCAUGUCCACAGACUGCGAGUAUCUGAUACGGCACAUGCUGGUUCUGGAUCCCAGUCGGCGCCUCUCCAUGGAGCAGAUCUGCAAGAACAAGUGGAUGAAACAGGGUGAUCCGGACCCAGAGUUUGAACGGUUGAUAGCGGAGUGUGAGCAGGUGAAGUCGGAUCGGGAGACAGAACUAAUCAACGAGCAGGUUUUGAUGGCCAUGGUAGAAAUGGGUCUGGACCGCGAACGCGUACUUCAGUCGCUGCAUACAGAUGCCUACGAUCACUACAGUGCCAUCUACAGUCUGCUUUGUGACCGACUCAAGAGGCACAAGACCCUGCGCAUUUCCCCUCCCACGCCCCGGCCCAUUGGAUACCCCAUCAACCCUGUGCAGACUGAUCAGCAGGGUAAUGCGGUCAGCAUGCCUGUCCCUCACGUGCAGCUCAUCAACCCAGAGAACCAGAUUGUGGAGCCGGACAGAACCAUGGCGCUGGACAGCGACGAGAGCGAGGAACCCUCCCCGGAAGCCAUGGCCCGGUACCUUUCCAUGCGGCGCCACACAGUGGGAGUCCCCGACCCCAGGGAGGACAUACCAGAAGAGCUGCAAAAGCUGGCCCCAGGUUUCUUGCGGGCGGCCCCCCAACCUCCCUUUCCCCCUCUUGCCCCAAACGUGGGCCACGCACACACAUUGGUGCCCACACCGAGCCUGCAGCCCACUCAGCAGCUGGAAUACAAGGAGCAGUGUCUGCUGCAGCCCCCGACCUUACAGCUGCUCAACGGAAUGGGGCCCCUGGGCAGGAGGGCCUCGGACGGGGGGGCCAACAUCCAGUUACAUGCACAACAGCUUUUGAGGCCCCGUGGACAGUCUCCGCUCGUUGCCAGCCCUCACCCAAUCCCAGCCGUUGCGCCCGUGGAUGAGGAGGGUUCAGAUGGAGAGCCGGACCAGGAGGCUGUGCAGAGAUACUUGGCGAACAGCUCCAAGCGGCACACGAUGCAUGCACCCAUGAGUACGGCGCCCACUGAGCCACCCCCAGACACGCAGAGGCCUCAGGGGGGCCGGCAGAGGCCUUGGGCCCCGGAUCAGCACAGCCGGUCCAGCUACAAGGACUGCAACACUCUACACCUACCCAUGGAGAGGUUUUCCCCAGUGCGUCGCUUUUCCGACGGAGCUGCCACAAUCCAGGCCUUCAAGGCCCACCUUGAGAACAGCAGCCUCAUCCGGCAACUCAAGCAGGAGUGUGAGCAGCUGCAGAAGAUGUACUCCACACCGCAGGACGAGAAGCUCAUGGAGCACACGCAGCAGCAGCACGUCCUAUACCAGCAAGAGCAGCAGAUCCUACACCAGCAGAUCCAGGCCCUGUCCCUGGGACAUGGAGAGAGCCAGCCCGGCCACCUGACCCACCAGCUUCAGAGGUUGCGCAUCCAGCCUUCCAGCCCUCCCCCGACGCAUCCCAGCAAUCACCUGUUCAGACAGGCGAACCAGAGCCCCCCUCCUGGAAGUUCAGGAAUAAUGCAGGGCCAUGGUGGGCCAUCUUCAGUGCAGUACCAGCAUGGUGCCAACCUGUACCAAACCCCUAGCGGGAGCCCGCCGCCUACCAGCCUCCCCCGUAUGGCCCUCCCCCAGCAGCCUCCUGGCCUACCCCGAAAUGUGGGUAUGACCCAGGCCGUCCCUCAGCAGCAGGUGACCAUUCAAGUGCAGGAGGCAGAGCUGGGGGGCGGAGCCCAGCGACAAAGCUUCCUGACCACGCCGUGCUCUCACAGGGUACUGGGAAAGCAGCUGAGUGCCGACAGUGCAGAGACCCACAGUCGCAGCCUGAGCCGGUUCCACUACACCCCAGGCUACGACCCAGCCCAGUUCAACCCUCACCUUCUCGGGGAGAGCGGGAGGGGGCCCUCUGGGGGCGGGGUGGUUGGAGGGUACAACAAUCCCUACCUACAAGCCACUUCCCUUAAAGUGCCAGGGCUGGAGGCCUACCAGACGGGUGGUGGCUCAGCUGCAAGCGGAGGCUACGGUAGCCCCUCAGCACUGCAGCAGGCCUUGCUCUCGCCCACCCCUCCGGAAUACAGGCCUUCACAGCACGUGACACCCACCCUGCAGGGUCUGCUGUCCCCGCGGCACUCCCUCAGUGGCCACGCUGACCCCCGGCUGCCCCCUCAAGACUUGGCUGCUCUGCUGAAGCGGCAGAACCCCCGGCCCACACCGCCGUCUGCCCAGAGCGCCCCCCAGGACUAUAAUGAGCUGCUCCUGCUGCGCCACCUCAGCCAGGGCGAGUCCCUGGAGGCCCCUGGCCAGCCAGCCCCACCACACUACCACCACCUGCUGCAGAUCCGGCCCCCUGAGUGCCCAGGCCCCUCCCUGCCGCAUUCUGAGAGUAUGGAGGAGGACGAGCCAUCCAGCUAUCAUGAGGGCCUGCUCACCAAGGCUGUGGCCUGUGGCGAUGGUCAUGAGCUGCUGGGAGCUCCGCGGGGUUCCCCUCCCUACAGCAAGUCCCCUCACAGGCAUCCGUAUCUACGCGGCACCACCACGGCCAGAGAGUCCUCCGGGGGUGAUCAUGUUGAGUGUGUGCCCUCAGGGCAGGUCAUGGACGUACCUGACCAUAACGGCAUUGGGUAUGUUACCCGGGGGCCCCAAGGGGAUGGAUACCGGCCCCGGGGACCCCUGCAGCGGCACCAUACCAUCCAGACCUGUGACGAUGCCUACGAUCAGGCUGAGCCCAUAAGUGGAAUGAGCCUGUUGGCUGGGAAGGCACUGAGCUCCGCCCGGAUGUCUGACAUCCUUAGCCAGUCGUCUCUUACGGGAAGCCAGCAGCUGCGCAACAGGGAGGAGUCAGUGUGCGAUGUGGAGGGUGAACUCCACGCAGCUGCCUGCUACCCCUCCUCCUGCACCAGCGACAUGCUCCAGAGCUACAAGCCUCCUGACCUGCAGUACAGCAUGGAGCAGGCUGGAGUCUAACACAGGAGCAUCCCUAGUGUAUAAAAGGUCCAUUUCAGCCGCCUGUGUUGAGCAGCAUCAUGCCAAACUGCCAUUGUCUGUCUGGAGGGGGCGCUGUGUCAGUCCUGGGGGGAAGGAGCCCACGAGAGCGGGUGGGGGGGGGGGCUGGAUGGGGAGACGCAGCCCCAGCAUUCCACACAGCCACCCCGCGUCAGCAUAGCCCUUGGCUCUCUCCAUCUGCUCCUCCAACUGAUGGGAACAUUGUGCUUGGCUCCACCUCCCCAUUCCCGCUCCUGCCCCCGCAGCCCCUGUACCACACCUUGUUUGCCAAUCUGUCAUAGCCCUGGGUACGACCGGCCCCACCCCAGGUCAUCACCAUGGCAACAUGCUUAAAUGCCACACUGACCGAAGCGUAUCUUGCAUAUGGCACACACAAAGCAUACUGUAUACACACACUCGGAGAGACACAGACAGACAAGCACACCUCUAAGUAUUCACACCAAGCUUGCGCUUCGACGACCCCCCCAGCCCCCACCGCAUCCCGGUGGACCAUUCCGGAGCCGGCUGUCUGCUCAAAGCCUCUGGGGCCCAGGUUAGGAGCAACCCAUUCCUCGAGGCUCAUGGAGUGGUUGAGAUGGGGGUUAAGCCUCAAGGGUGGGGGCACGGGGGGGCCCUUCUCGGUCACCCUGCAAGAAUAAAAGCUACUGCAGUCCAGUGACACACAGAGACUGCACAGCAGAACGU